AUGCUCCCCCGAAAGCGCAAGAAGUCAUCGCACGAGUCUCCUGGCCCAUCAACUGGUCAUAGUAGCGGCCUUCCCAAGCUCAAGCUUGCUCAGUACAACGCUGGACUCACCAGGAUCCCUGGCUCCCUUCCUGCAGACACCUCCCGACAAGGCUCGAGCGCGGCACAACGACCGUCAAUUAACAAUGCCCCCAAUCACCCUCAUGACCGCCCGCCAUCAAUGUUCACGAAAGGGCAUUGGCAGGCAGGAAUUAGAAGAGUGAUCGGUGUAUUCUCCCAGCUCAAAGAGACCCUUCUUGGGAAACGUCCUCGUUCUGACCCUCUCGAUAACAGUCCCUUCGAUCCUGCCACGGUCCAUUCUACUCAGCUGAGCUCUGGUGUAACAGCUCCCCUCACCUCAACUGUUCCCUCCGAUGAACCCUGUCUUUCUGAACCGAGCGCAAAGCGCGCCCGACUGAGUGACCCGGAUGACACUGUUAUGCUUUCUCUUGACACUGCCCAGCCACGAUCCCUUUCAACACGUCCUUCUCUUGCACGAUCUCAGUUUUCCCGAUCUUUGAGCAUGCCUGAGUCUAGUCCAAUGUUUUCCCACUCCCAAGUUACCGACAACCACAUCCUCUCUCAGAGACGUGUCGGUUGGCCCUUUGAGCUCGGGCCAAGAUUGAAACCACAUGACCACGAUACUACGGACAAUUCUGAACUCCCUUCACGGCUCUCUAAUUCAGAAUCCGUCCAACCGGUCGAUCCCCAGUGCUCUCCCCAGGAUCGCUCAAGCUCUACUACAGCGACACUUGAAAAUAUAUGUCGCCCCUCGGAGAGCCCAUUCCGUACCCCUGAACUACAGUUGUACCAUUCUCAUAUCAACACUCUUAACGAUGUUCCUGAAUCUCCUUUGGAGGCCGCCCCCUCGCGCUCCGAUGAAUCUGGGUAUCUCGCUCCAAGCGAUCAUUCAGGUCUUCAUAAUUUCUGUGCGACACAGUCUCCCCUGGAUAUUUCCGACGACAUUCUUGAUCAUUUUCUUGGGCCUUCCUCGAUAACCUCUACUGCAGCUGUAUGUCCUGUUUCACCAAGUCUCCCGUGGGAUGCUCUCAGUUCAGCUCAACAAGAGGAAGUCCGAAGCCUGUGCCAAGAUGCAGUGGACAGAUGUCGAAUGGUAGACCCUGAAAUGGAGGACCUUCGCAAGAGGAACGCUCAUCCAUUUUUUAGAGCAUUGGGGUUGAAUUAUACGUCUGACGCGGACGACGCAUUUGGUAUAAUUAUGGAGCACGUGGACAUGAUGCCUUUAAUACGUUCGUUUAAAGAUGUAUUUGAGAAUGCUAAUCUGGAGCCUACGCCGGCCGUAGCGGAGCAAUACUACCAUCUUCUUCAUCACAAAGCGUGGCAGAACCGCACACUUGCAACUGACACAUUGACACAAUCGCCUCUUUUCCCACACGAAGCACUGCCUGCCCCUAACCCAUCCAAACCUUUGCCGAAGGAAGAGCACCACCUGAUUAUGGGAAGGCUCAAUCAUGGCUUAAAAGUCGUAUUCAGACCCCUCUUCGACGAGCUUCUCCGGACCAAGAGACAGAUAUCCCUACGCUUCGGGCUUAAGAAUGACGCCGACUGUGUGACGACUGCUCUGCUUGAUGACCUUCAUUCACCCUCGGCAGCGCUCACCGAGCAAGUCCGCCGCAUCUUUGUUCCACAGCAGAACUCAAUUGUGGGGGGCUCUUCAGGCCGGGGAAAGACACGGACUGGCAUACAAGGCGGGGCGAAGAUCGGCUCGAUGAACUUCGGGUUUGUAGCAGGAAUAGGCGAGCCCCUGCAAAAGACGUUGCCCAAUGGCCAUGAAUUCUCUGGAGCCCAAGAUCUCCACGUAGCGAUGACGGAGGUCCUUCCCAACAUGAACGAUUUUGGCGCUAUCUAUGACGAUCCUACCCAGCUGGAAAAGAAUCGAAAUUCUCUCAGACAUCUUUUCCUGGCGCUGAUUUGUGGUCGCAAACCGCGCCGCGUGUCUCUACUGAAAUGGCAUAUCGAAUGGGCCGCGUUUCAAGCUCUCGCAAUCUUAUACCAGCGUAUCCUUGCCGAUUCUCACGAGGAUAUCUUCGUCUACUUCUUCAGGCUCUUCAUGAAGGCUACCAUCGACACACUCGAAGAGAUUUUCUAUACCACAUGGAAGCGAAUCAUCUCCAAGUAUCCUCAAUUCGCAGACUGCUUCGCACUGGUCUUUGACAAUGCGCACUUAGGUGCAGAGAUGUACAGCUCCGACCACUUCCAUUGUCGCUUCAGUCCAGACAAACCUCGCCCCGUCCUGACCGAGUUACUCACUGCCGCCAUGGAGCUCAACACAAAGAUCUUUACCCACACCGUCUUCUUGGGAAGCAGCGCGUCGACGGGCAUGAUGAAGGAGGCUCUUGAAUCCGCCGCGACCUCUUUCGGAUUGAAAACAGUCGAGCUUAGUGUUGACGGUAGCUUUGGCGAUCAGAAGGCGCACCAGGAAUUCAUUCGUCAUUCUUUCCGAUGGUUUUUAUCGCGCGCAGUUGCUUGGUUCCCCGGUCGUCCUAUGAUUACGAUGUGGCUCAUCGAAAUCAUUCUGCGGACCAAAACGAAGUCUUUCCAUCGUGUCAUCACCUAUAUCGUCCUCCGCUGGUCUAAGGGUUGGAAGGCUACUGACGGAGGAAAAUACCAGUCUUUGGAGGCGGCGCUUACGGCGGAAGCUAAGCAGCUCACAGAAAGUUUGGUAGCAGAGUGUUCCAUCAACUGGAAUGAAUUCGACGCUUUACACUCAGAUAUCAAGCAAUCUAUCUACCAGGUUGCUAUGCGCCAACUCUUUGGAUUCGGAACUUCACUCGAGGGCAACGUCAUCAAGCUUAUUGAAACCAAUUUCGCCCAGGUGACCUACGAAUGCUCCGGCGUCGGGGGUUCUGGGACCGUGAGGUUCCAAGAACCAAUAGUACUUGCUGCGCUGGCUGCGAACCGCAGAGCUGAGCUCCUCAAACAAAUGGCAUACGCUGGUCGUUGGGGGCAUGUACCCGAGAUGCAGGGGUUUUCUUUCGAGCUUCAAGUCGCCGUCGCCGCCAUAGACAAGCUCCAGGGGUUCAUACGGUUGGACGAGCUGUUGACCAUCGACACAAAGUUCAAACAUCUCGGCAAGCUCGAGGUCGAAUUUGUCAGUGUUUAUCUGGUGGACGGCAAGUAUGUGGCAUCUAGACUUUCGUUCAAGGAGGGCCCUUUCGUCCAGUUUGCCUUCAAGGCCAGUACUUGCCAGGACAUGCUUGACUACAUCUAUACUCGCACAGGAGCCGGGUUCAUUCUCCCUGAUAAUUUCUUCCGCAUCGACCUGUACUGCCUAGUGAGAGAGAAACAGACGGGGGCCCUAAUCCCUCUCCUAUGGCAGCUCAAGCACUCUAAAGGCAAGGACGGGAAAGGGGAGGUCCUUAGAAAGGAAACAUGGGAAGAGGCGGUGGACAGCCUCAACCCCGAUACGCACUAUGGCAAGAAGUAUGACGCAAAGACGGGUAUAACGACCUACCGGCCCAAGGCGGGUAAGGAGAUCCUCGAAGGCCUCGAGAAGAUGUGCUUAGCGGAGAACACUGACUACGAACCGCCCGCCAUGUCGCGCAGACAAAGAGCAGCGAAAAUGAAACAGCUCCCCAAGAUGAUCCAGAUCAUCGCGGUUUCAGGGGUGAAGCAUGCGACGCUGUCUGAAGAGGCGCCGCCCAUUGCGGUGAUGAAGAACGACCACUUGAAGGUACUUUUCGGCAACAGCUGGGAGCUCAGUCACGAGCAAACUAAGAGUGAGCCUCCACUGGCCACGUUGGGGUCUGUGGCUAGCCCGAAUUGA